AUGAACAGCAAGUUAGAAUUCACAACUACUAAUCGAAAUGCACUUGUACUUAACUAUCAAGGUUAUCAAUAUACAAUUAAAAGGCAAUAUAAAGAGACGAACGAAUGGCGGUGUCGACAAAGACCAUGUACAACUUCGUUAUCAUUAUGUCGUGCUAACAUAUCCAUGAUUCGCGAACCUAGUCAUCAUACCUGUACACAAUCUUCGCCAAAAAAGCUUGUUCUUGACGAAGCAAUAUCUCGUAUGAAAAAAAGAGCAGGUGAAGAAACUUUACCAAUUCCCCAAAUAUACUCACAAGAAAUAAUAAAAGUACGUGUCAAUAAUCCUGAUAUGAACA